AUGGCGACGUUUAUUUCUGUGCCGUUAAAGAAGUCCUCAGAAGUUGAUUUGGUGAAACCUCUGUCAAAAUUUGUCACUUCUGCUUAUCCGGCGGGAGAGGAGCAGUCGGAGUAUCUCCGCGCAGUGGAAGAGCUGAAUAAGCUCCGUAAAAGCGCGCUGGGGAGGCCGCUGGACAAGCACGAAAGCUCGCUGGAGAUCCUCUUACGUUACUAUGAUCAGCUGUGUUCCGUUGAGCCUAAAUUUCCUUUCCCUGAGUUGUGCCUAACAUUCACAUGGAAAGAUGCUUUUGAUAAAGGAUCUCUCUUUGGUGGCUCGGUUAAGCUGGCCUUGGCGAGUCUGGGCUAUGAGAAGACGUGUGUGUUGUUUAAUGUUGGGGCUCUGGCAAGCCAAAUAGCUUCGGAGCAAAACUUAGACAAUGAUGAAGGACUGAAGGCAGCUGCCAAGUUCUACCAGCUGGCUAGUGGAGCAUUUGCUCACAUAAAGGACACAGUGCUGUCUGCUCUGAAUCGAGAGCCUACCAUGGACAUUUCUCCAGAGACUGUGGGCACUCUCAGUCAGAUCAUGCUCAGCCAGGCACAGGAGGUCUUUGUGCUCAAAGCCACUGCAGACAAGAUGAAGGAUGCCGUCAUUGCUAAGUUAGCCAAUCAAGCUGCAGAUUUCUAUGGUGAUGCCUUCAAGCAGUGCCAGUACAAAGAGAAUCUUCCCAAGUAUUUUUAUUUCCAGGAGGUGCUUCCAGUCUUGGCUGCCAAGCACUGCAUGAUGCAGGCCACUGCAGAGCUCCACCAGUCAGCACUGGCCAAUCAGAAGAAACGCUUUGGAGAGGAGAUUGCCCGACUUCAGCAUGCCACAGAGCUGGUUAAGACCGUAGCUUCCCGCUAUGAUGAAUAUGUGAAUGUUAAGGAUCUUUCGGAUAAGAUAAGCCGUGCUCUCACAGCUGCUAAGAAAGACAAUGACUUCAUCUAUCAUGAUCGAGUCCCUGAGGUCAAAGACCUGGAGCACAUUGGCAAGGCAACACUUGUCAAGGCAACUGCCAUUCAAGUACCACUUAGCCAGAAGUUCACAGACCUUUUUGAGAAGAUGGUCCCUAUGGAAGUGCAGCAGUCUUUGAGCAUGGCCAGUUCCAGAAGGAAUGAAAUGGUCAACAGACUUGUGGGCAGCCUGAGAGAGGCAACUAAUCUCUGCAAUGGGGUGCUCGCCUCUUUGAACCUGCCAGCAGCGCUAGAGGAUCUGUCUGGAGACUCGGUCCCAGGGUCCAUAUUAGAGAAGAGUCGUGCUGUGAUCCAGCAGGGAGGUCUGCAGAGCAUUGAGCAGCUUAUUAAAGAACUGCCUGAACUACUGCAGAGAAACCGAGAGAUCUUGGAUGAGUCUCUAAAGAUGUUGGAUGAUGAAGAGACAACAGAUAAUGAACUUAGAGCCAAGUUCAGCCAGCGGUGGAACAGAACUCCAUCUGGAGACCUUUACAAACCCCUCAGAGCAGAGGGUGGUAAUUUCCGGAGUGUGUUGGAUAAGGCUGUGCAGGCUGAUCAGGUGGUAAGGGAUCGCUAUAACUCUCAUUGUGAGAUGAUCGCUCUGCUCUGCAAACCAGAGAACGAACUCUGCUCUGCCAUUCCAUCAGCUAAUCCUGCAAAGACUCUUCAAGGAAGUGAGGUUGUGAAUGUAUUGAAGGCUCAGCUGGCCCAACUGGAUGAAAUCAAACGAGACCGGGAGGUUCUAGAAGGAGAGAUCAAGUCUGUGACAUUUGACAUGACGGCAAAGUUCCUUACUGCACUGGCUCAGGAUGGGGCCAUUAAUGAGGAGGCUCUUUCCACCACAGAAUUGGAUGCACGCUAUGGAACACACACACAGCGUGUCCAGCAGAAUCUGCGUGCACAGGAGGAUCUGCUGGCCCAAGUGCAGACCUCCCAUCAGGAGUUUGCAGCACUCAAGCAAUCGAAUGCCGAGGCUAAUGACAGGGAGGAGAUGUUGAAGAAACUGGCCUCAGCUCAUGACAGUUACAUUGAGAUUAGCUCCAACCUCAAAGAGGGAACCAAGUUCUACAAUGAUUUGACUGAAAUCCUGCUGAAGUUCCAGAAUAAGUGUAGUGAUAUUGUUUUCGCCCGCAAGACUGAAAGAGAUGAGCUGCUCAAGGAGCUCCAGCAGAGUAUUGCUCGUGAGCCAAGUGCACCUUCCUUCAGUGUCCCAGCGUACCAGUCCAACACUUCAGAGCCUGCUGCAGGAGGCCCCACCCCUGCCCCCAGGACUGUGUUUCCACUGCAGCCCCAGGCUAAAGCCCAGCCUCCAGCAAGGCCACCACCACCAAGCUUCACCCCACAGGCAGCCAGCAGCAAUAUUACUCCCAGCCCAGCGCCUGCAAGCCAAGCCCCACCUUCUCUUCCUGCUAGCUCUAACCCCCCACCCAUGGCUCCACCCACUGCACCCUCACAGGCUCAAGGCCCGCCUUACCCAACUUAUCAAGGUUACCCAGGGUACUAUCAGAUGCCGAUGGCGUAUAAUCCCUAUGCGUAUGGGUAUAACAUGCCUUACGUGCACUAUCAAGGGGCGGGGCAGGCUGGUUAUCCUGGAGCUCCCCCAGCCCAGCAGCCUUACCCCUAUCCCCAACAACCUCCCCAGCAACAGCCCUUCUACCCCCAGCAGUAGACAAUAUUUACUCUGACCACCCCUGCCCCAGCUACAGCAAUGCUGCCCCGUGUAUUCUAGCACUCCUUUCUCUUACACUUAAUUUGUAACACCUCCACUCCUUCUCUCUAACACCUGGCUUCCUGUGGGCAGAGAAUAGAACACUAGAAGGACCAAUGGGAUCUGCCCUCAGUGACCACACCCACUCUCCUCUAAGCCUCAGAGAGAUGCUCUCUGCUCUGUUUUGGAACUUUCUCUGUCUCUCUCACUGAUUUUCUCACUCAUGCCCAAAGUCAAGCUGCUGGCUGCCUGCCUGCUGCUGCUUAUAUCUUAUUUUUGUAAUGAAUACUGAAUAUAUAUACUCUAAUGCAGGAUAUGUAGAUGUUUUCUUACCCAGAAGACGAAGAUUAUUGUUGGGAGACAAAGUUUUACUGUAACCCUUUCAUUGUACCUCUCUGUUCAUCUUUCAAUCAGCACUUGGGGGGAAUGGAACGGUUUAGUGGACUAGUUAAUAAGACAAUGCAUCUGUCACUUAAAAACUAUUUUGCGUUUUUGGUUCUCUUUUGUUCUCAUGUAAUUAAAACCCGUCUGAUGCUUAAA